AUGUCUAUUUUUGAGGCCUCACUUAUAGGGCAUCGGGUGAGAAUUAUAUCUAAAGCCCAGAUUCGGUAUGAAGGAGUGCUGUAUACUCUUCGUAAAGAUGAGAACAAUGAACUUGUUCUCGUGCUUUCUAAAGUUACCUCUUACGGAACCGAGGGUAGGCCUUGUGAACAUCCUGUAAAACCAAUGAACGAAAUUUAUGAGCAUAUUGCUUUUCGUGGGCGUGAAUUAGUUGAUUUACAGUUGCUACCUAAUUCUGAUGUUGGAAAUGAUCCUUCUAUAAUCAGUGCCGAACUUGAGCAGCCACAAUCGUCAUCAUCAUCUUUACCUGUUUCUGGUGCUGUUAGCGAUAUGCCCACAAUGUCUGGAUUGUUCUCUCAACAACAGCCUGCUUCAACUUUCUCUGGUUUAUCAAACUUAUUUCCACCUGCCCAUCAGCAAAGCAGUAUCCAAUCUGAUCUACCUCCUUCAUGGGGUAACGUUGGAGGAUUAACCAACGCGGAUAAUGAGGGAACAGACUCUAAUAAUCCACCACAAACGGCUGGUACGCCUGCAGGAGAUUCCAAUGUCAAAUCUAAGUCCCAGGAAGUUUAUCGAAGCUCCUCACAAGGAGUGCAGGAUAAAGAAGAGAAACCGAGGAAUGACAACCAAUUACAACAUGAUAGAAAUCGCGGUAGCUUUCGUCCAAAUUAUUCUAGUUACCAUCGUAAUAAUCGCGGCGGUUCUCACCCACAGCGGAACUAUAAUCAAAGGCGAAACUAUGAUAGUGAAUUUAGGUUUCGUCAUGAUGAUAUUGACUAUAAACAGGAGUAUGACUUCGAUAAACCUAACGCUGAGCUGGCUGAAUUUUUCGAAAAGAUUGAUCUUAAAGCGAGUAGUAAUACAACCUCGGAGCAUGGUGAAGACAGUGGACAUCAAGAAGAAGAAGCCUAUAAUAGCUCUAAAUCGUUCUUUGAUACUUUGAGUUCUGAGCUAAUGGACCGUGCUAAUGGGGUACCAAAAAAUCGAUCCACUCGUGAUGACAGAAAGGUGAAUAUUAUUACCUUUGGCCCUUCAGCUACUCGAAUGAACUAUCGUGGCGGAAAUUACAGAGGUGGUCGUCGUGGCAAUACUUUCUAUCGUGGUAACCAGAGAGGUGGAUUUACUUAUAGCUCGGGUAAUAGACAACAGUUUAGCCAUCAAAACAGACGAGAUGGUGAAGGAAAGGCAAAAAGCGAUAAUGAUUCUAACUCAAAGCAGGGCAAGUCGCAAGAGCAGUAG